GUUCGACCGUGCCGUCUACAAGUGCGAUCCCGCAACAGCUGCAGCAAAUGAGCAUGAAUUGAACGAAGAAUGCAUGCCGUUUGGGAUAUAUCUGUGAUUCUGCAAACAUAUAUCAUCUGCACGUCAUCAGCUCAGCCGAUUACAUCCAAGCUUGAUGCAGGUUGGUGGGCGUAUAAGGACGUCGUCCAGGGCACUUUUGUUCCAGUCCCGUCCUUCUGGGGUCUGGUGCACUCCGCCUGGAACCUGUGCGCCAUAGGGAAGAGGCAGUCACCCAUCGACAUCGAGACCAGUCACAUGAUCUUUGACCCGUACCUGACCCCUCUGAGGCUCAACACGGGAGGACGCAAGAUGGGAGGCACCAUGUACAACACGGGGAGGCACGUGUCUCUGCGGCCGGACAAAGCCCACCUGGUGAACAUCUCAGGGGGGCCUCUGGGUUAUAGCUACAGGCUGGAGGAGGUCCGCCUCCACUUUGGGAGCGAGGACUCCCAGGGUUCAGAGCACCUCCUCAAUGGACAGGGCUUUCCUGGAGAGGUCCAGCUGAUCCAUUAUAACCAGGAUCUGUAUGCCAACUACACUGAGGCCGCCAAGAGCCCCAACGGCAUCGCCGUGGUCUCCAUCUUCAUAAAGCUCUCUGAAAACUCCAACGCCUUCCUCAACCGCAUGCUCAAUAGAGACACCAUCACCAGAAUCAACUACAAACAUGAUGCGUUCUUAUUAAUGGGCCUGAACAUAGCCGACCUUUACCCUGACACCACACGUUACAUCACCUACGAGGGCUCCAUCACCAUCCCUCCCUGCUACGAGACGUCCACGUGGAUACUCAUCAACAAGCCUGUCUACGUGACACAGAUGCAGAUGCACUCCCUGCGCCUCCUCAGCCAGAACGAGCCCUACAAGAUCUUCCUGAGUAUGAGCGACAACACCCGGCCCACCCAGCCUCUGCUGCAGCGCUGCAUCCGAACCAACAUCAACUUCAGCAAGCAGGGUCGAGACUGCCCCAACAACCGCGCCCUCCGCCCACAGUACAGAGUGAAUCAGUGGCUCCUGAAGUAGAAGAUGAAAAAGAUGUCAAGCUGCAGGGCCACGAGAGGAGAGGCAGAAUUCAUUCAAGUCUAUUUCACACUGCCAAACCGAGCCGAGCCUGCUGUUUGACCUGAACUGAAUGGGAGGCAAAAGCGCUCUGCUUUACUUAAGACAUCUUAACUACACUGAUCUCAGCUGCUCAGCUGCCCGAACUCCAAACAAUCUUCUGUGCUGGCCUCCCACACAUGUACAAUGUAAACGCAGCUCAUGUGGGCCAGCACCUUGAGCAGACUUUUAGACCAAAGUCUACUCCCUUCUGUGUUUUUAUUUGUUGUGUUAACUCACAAAGACUGGAGAUGUAAAGACACUCAAUCAUUUUCUUUGGCUGGUUUUCAACUGAUAGAUGUUAUUUAAAGACUACAGUAUACUCUU